AUGGGUUCGUAUCCCGUUACAGAGAAGGAAGCUGAGCGUGAGAAGACUCGUCCAGUUCCGAUUCCGAAGACUUCGAGAAACGUGGAUGCAUUGAUGUCGUGUUCGAUCCAACGUGAUCAACCUCCCACCUCGCAUUUGCCGUCAGAUACAACAUCUCGAAACGAAGUCAGCAACGAAGCCUCGGUUGCGCCGUCCUCUCAUAUUCCCAGUUCAAUUGAGGCAAUACCGGUGUCCUGCACUCCUGAAGAUGUGGCAUUUGAAGUGCUGGAUUCAGAUUGUGAUGACACUGAAACUGAAAUUUGUUUCGUUGACGAUGACGAAGAAUUGGAACGUGCGAAGGCGUCUACAAGAGCGGAAGAAGAUGAAGAGCUGGAUGACAACAGAGACAACAGCGAUGAUGAUUCGGACGCGCCUGUUGCACCACUCCAGAACGAGGAUCUGGAACACGUUGAGUUGUCCACUGGUGUUGGAGAUGGCGGGCACGUGCGUCGCAGUUGGAACGUUCUGGAGAAAGAAGACAUGGUGGGGUUUGCGAAGAGCGAAUCCAACAUGAGCGAUCUGCGAUCUGAUGGAUGGAUACUCGAGGACUUUCCUCCUGAUUCUCGAUAUCCAGGUCUUUACGCUCGAAGUUACGGACCCACGGAUGAAGUCAUCGCUCUAGCGGAUUCACCGCUGCAAUUGUUCCUGUUCUUUAUGCCGAAAGACCUCAUGUUCGAGAAUCAAAGAACACCAGGCAAGACAUCCAAGGAGGACUUUAUGGAUAGAGAGUCGAGGAAAGAUGAUAUUCAGCCUCACGAGAUCAUCCAUGUGCUGGGUUUGUUGAUGGCUCGAAUGCUGAACCCGCAUCGUCGCCGCUUUCGCGACCAUUGGUGCACAAAGUCUGUUGGGGCCGUACCGCGAGGAACUUUCAAUGGCUACAUGCCUCGACACCGCUUCGAACAUGUCAUGGCCAACAUCCAUUUAACAAACAACGCAGACACACGUGUUUCCAGCGACCGAGCCUGGAAAAUACGGUCGGUCGUGGACACAUUGCAGGAAAUCUUCCCCCGGGGAUACAGUACACCACCCGUAAUCUCUUUUGACGAAGGGAUUAUUCCAUCUCGGAAUCGCAGCAAUUCUACGCGGCAUUACUUGAGGGCGAAGCCGCACAAGUGGGGAACGAAGUUGUUCCUAACAUGCUGCGCGGAAACUGCAUACUGUAUCCGACUUGAAGUAUACUGCGGAAAAGCCCAACAUACUGAAGAAUGUGGAAAUGUUCCUGAAAGCGUACGCUAUGCUGAUCCAAAUACAGGUCCAUCGGCUGUGAUUCGAAACCUGGAAGCCGUGCUGCCUGCUCCACAAGACAGCGUGCACCAUUUGGACGUGACAGACAGGUUCUAUACUUCGGUCCAGCUCGCACUUCAGCUACUCCGACGCAACGUGUACAGUAUUGGGACGAUACAAGCUGAUAGAGCUCCAGCCGAGCAAUGGAAACAUGCAUGCGACGUACCAAACAAAGCAGAGGAAGGCGAACUGCGGUCCCUUGCCCAUCCAUGGUGCGCGAUUAUCAUCGGUGGAUGGGCGGGGUUGACAUUCACGACCAACUGCGUCUCCAGAGAUACUCGCUGCAACUCCAAACAUGUGUUCAGGGAAGGGCAGAAGAGAUUUGAUGCGAGGCCAGUGUCUCAUGCUGAGUCCAUGCUUGAACUCCACGCCGAAAUUAUGCAAAUGACCGAAGCCGACUUCUCCGAUCGGGAAACACCUGAUCCCGAGACCACCGUCGAACUUACUCCACAGUCGACUGCACACGAGCCGCUGGAAUCCCCCGACUACCAAGUUGUCAAUGGCGUGCUCAAGCGACGGGAGCGCCAAUGCAAGCAAAUCGGAGUAAGCUCAUAUGGAAACAUAAUUCCGGCAGCAAAACGACCUGCUUUCAGAUUUGGCACUACAAAUGGAAAAAUCGAAUUAAGCGGCCGCAGCGCGGCUGCGGCCGCGAUAUCCAGAACAGGGAAGCAGGAAGAGGGCGUCCGGGUGGCACAACUGAAAAACGGAAGCGACGCAACGACUAGAGGGACGGGGAACACUAAGAAGAUUCGGACGAAGGAGUUGUCCAAGGUGAUGAUGCAGCUGCUGAUGGGGACGCGGGCCGAGUCUUUGGAGACUCUUAUUAACCUGUCAACGGCUGAGAUCAACGAGGUCUGCCGGGAGGUUAAGCACCUCAAGCAAACCGUCAUUGACGCCAUGGACAAGCAGAUCGAGAGGGAGUACGGGGUCUUCAAGGCGACAGUUAGUGCCAACACCAGAGACACCACGGUGUUUAAUCUGCUACAACAUCAUAAUUCCAAAUACUACAUGUGA